GGCGUUGCUAGGCAACCGCCGGGCGACGCCAUUUUCUGGAGCCUGCGCCCAUCAGUGGCUUCCCUUCUCCUCCCGUCCUCUUCUUCUUCCCGAAGGGAGGAGUGUCGUCUCUCGUCGUCGCCCUUUGCCAAGACCCGGAGGCGGCGUUAACACCCAUUCGUCUUCCCACAUUCCUAUCAUGGAGCGGUAUCAUGUGUUGGAGAUGAUUGGAGAAGGCUCUUUUGGAAGGGUAUAUAAAGGACGCCGUAAAUACAGCACACAGAUAGUGGCCUUGAAGUUUAUCCCCAAAGUGGGCCGGUCACAGAAAGAACUGAAGAAUUUACAGCGAGAGAUUGAGAUCAUGAGGGGGCUUCAUCAUCCCAAUAUUGUCCAGAUGCUUGACAGUUUUGACACAGAUAAGGAGGUGGUGGUAGUGACAGAUUAUGCUGAGGGGGAACUCUUUCAGAUCCUUGAGGAUGAUGGGAAUUUGCCUGAGGAUCAGGUUCAGGUUAUUGCCUCCCAGUUAGUCUCAGCACUGUAUUACCUGCACUCCCAUCGGAUCCUCCACCGUGACAUGAAACCUCAAAACAUCUUAUUGGGAAAAGAGGGUGUAAUCAAACUCUGUGACUUUGGGUUUGCCCGUGCAAUGAGUAUUCACACCAUGGUACUGACGUCUAUCAAAGGAACACCACUGUAUAUGUCCCCUGAAUUAGUAGAGGAGAAGCCCUAUGAUCACACAGCUGACCUGUGGUCAGUGGGAUGCAUCCUGUAUGAACUGUAUGUGGGGACUCCCCCCUUCUACACUAACAGCAUCUUCCAAUUGGUCAGCCUGAUCAUCAAGGACCCUAUCAAGUGGCCAGAAAACAUGAGCCCUCACUUCAAGAGCUUCUUGCAAGGUUUGCUAAUGAAGGACCCUCGCGAGCGUUUGUCCUGGCCAGAGUUGCUAUAUCACCCCUUCAUUGCUGGGCAAGUCAUUGUGAUUGAUGACACAGCAGAUCAGGGCAUAGUGAACCCCUUCACCAGCAAAUUGCCCCCUGAUUUACAAGCUUUGAAAGAGCAGCAGGCACAUUCACUUGCCCCUCACAGUGGUGAGUCAAAAAUCUUGAGAAAGGCACGGCAGAAGAUGGCCCAGGAAGCUCGGAGAAAGGAGAGGGGGAAACCCAAGGCUUCACUUAAAGUAGUAGUUGCCAAAGAGAGUGAAGUGUACCCACAUAAGACCUGCCUUGCUGAGACAAAUAGUAGCAGAGAGCAUCAAGAACUUCCUGACAUUGGAGAAUGUAAGCCCCAUGCUUUAGGAGGAAAAGGAACAGAGUGGGAGCAAAAGGAGCCACUCUCCAAACUUCGAGAAAACUUGAUUACACAAGAUUAUGAACAUGAGUUCCCAGAAAUACAGCCAGGAAGUUGCAGAACAGAGACCCGAGCAAGAUGCAGCAUUGAUACUGUUGAUCUAGAAACUGAGGAGAUAGAUAGUGAUGAAGAGUGGCAACACCUUAUAGAUGCCACAAAUCCCGCACAGAUGCAGUUGAGUGCCCCACUGAAUCUUUUGGGAGACCCUGCAUUUGUUCAACGGGUCAAGGUCCAGCUCAAGGAUUCUGGUCAGCAGGUCUUGGAGGGUAUGCUUGAGGGAGCAUCCCAUCUUCGUCUUGCCCUCCAUGUCAUCAGCAAUUUGUUAGGUACCCACUGCGACUCUGAGUUGCUGUGUUUGUUCUGCAAUGACAUAGGACUGUCACAGUUCCUGGUACAGCUAGUGGGAAGCAUUCUGGAGAGUUUUAACGUCAAACAGCAGCCCUGGCACAUCACACUGCUGACUGACUUAAUUGCUGUGAUGUCGGUUUUCUUUGCCAGUGAUUUCAUCCAAGAAGAGUGUGGGGAAAAGCCAAGUUUGCAGACAUUCCAAAGUUCUGCCAGUCACUUCCUUACCCUGUUGCCAGCAUUGCUCGCUCAGCCCACAGAUCAAGAGGGCAGGCUGCGAGAACAAAGCCUCAUGUGCUUCACUCAUUUGUGUGAGACUAUGAAUAAUGCCUGCCCUUCCACCUCCAUCCCCUUCUAUACGAGUUUGUUUGAGGAUCAUUGCCCUCUGCUGGAUGCACUCUGUCAUGGUGCCAGUUAUGAGCAACCCAUUCAGGCAGUGCCCCCAAAAAAUACAAUGUCAGAGGAGGAGUGGAGUGUACGCACUACCUUCACAGCAGCCCUGGCUGCAUCCUGUGUCGUCCCUGUGAGGCACACCAUUUCUCAAAAGGCAAAAAAUAAGAUCUCCCAGCAUAUAGCUGAGAAGCUCACUGAGAAAGAGAACCAGCUGCUGCUGAACUUUCUCUUAGGAGUUUCACGUCCAGCCUGUGCUUUGCAUUGCAUAAAGGUCCUGUACGCCUGUUGCCAUGUCAAUCAGACUCUGUGCCAUCACUUAGCAACACCCAAAGUGCUAAAUUCCCUGGUCUGUCACCUGCAGGGCAAGGUCCCACUUGAUGAAGUGGCUCAAGUGCAGACUGCUGAAGGCUUAUUGAGACUCCUCUCUUUGCUGCUGCUUCAGCUCCAGUUUCUCCCUCCUCAAUUUGACAUUGUGAUGAAAGAGACUAUGGAACUUUUCAACCCUGCAGCAACUGCCUCUGUUUUAAGUGCUGCAGGAUUGCUGCUUACAAAUCUUAUCCAGUAUGGUGCUACUUUAAAGUUCAGAUGGGAGGAAGCCUUGACAUCUAUAGCUACUGCAUUCACAGAACCUGCAGAGCUCUCUUUGCCACCACCUAUGGGAGCUGGCCUCUAUGAUGGCCUGCUGAUGUUACUACUCCACCUCUUAAGUCAGGGCGAUGCAGCAGUGGUGCGGGCCUUUGCUGCUUCAGAACUCUGGAGCAUCAUAUGGCAUCGCUUUGCCAUGGUGCUCCACUUGACCACUCAAGAGCCAGUGAUAGAUGGAGAGAACCCAAGAGCUGGUCAGCAUGUGCCAGUGCCAGACUGGACCCUCAUCUCACCUCAAGGAACCUUGCUCUUCCUCAGCUUAGCCAUCUUUGUCUUCACACAUGAACCCCACCAGUGUCUUCUCCAGCUGGCCCAACCUAAUGGAGUUAUCAUGGCAACUUUGAACAAGCUCCUAGAGCCUGAUUUCCUGGAGUACUUAGCCCAAACGCAGUUGCAUGAAGAUGGUGAUCUAGAGCUGGUGCCAGCUACUGUGCUCCAAGUCUGCCAGCUCUUCUGUUUCCCUUUUGCUAUGGACAUGGACCCUGAAAUCUUAGAACGUAUUAUGACUACUCUGAAGGAAUCUGAAAUCCCUGCCCGAUUGCUCCAGGUUUGCAUUCACCAUCUUCCCUUUCUGGAGACUGAGUUGCCAUUGAGUCUCCUCUGCCACUUGGUACUUAGUGAUGAGGAGGUUAUUGAACAAGUGGUGGGAGCAGCCACCUCACAACAUGCUACUGACUUCUUGUCAUCCAUUUUCCUAUCAGACCAAGUAUCCCUUCUUGCAGACCUGCUCUCGCUCCUCACCCAUAUAGCCCGGGCCAGUCCAACUCACCUGCCUUUUGUAGAGAAGCUCUUAUGUGGCUCUACUUCCCAGGCACUGAGCCACCUUCUCUGCCACCCGGAGUGCCUAGUCCGUGCCAGAGCCUGCAGCCUUGUAGGCAAUCUGCUGCGCCAUAGACAGGGAUUUCCUCAGGUCCUGCAGGGCCAGACUGGGCUGCUGGAACGUCUGCUGGAAUGUCUUUCAGAUGAGGAUGGACAUGUGCGUCGCUCUGCCAGCUUUGCUGUUGGCAAUGCUGCCUACCAAGCUGGUUCUUUUACGCAGGCCCUCAACAAAGCAGUGCCUUGUGUAGUUCAGCUCCUAGGAGAUCCUCAAACCAAGACUCGUUGCAACGCAGCUUCAGCACUGGGUAACCUGGGUCGGCAGUCAGUGGAGUUGGGUGAUUUGCUGAUCCAGAAUAAGGCACCUGAUAUUCUCUUGGAUGUUGCCUGCCAUGAUUCCCAGCCAGCUGUGCAAAAGGCAGCCCUCGUUGCUCUCCGCUCCAUUAGCCAUCAGCCCGGGAUCCACCAGGUGCUGGUGUCACUCAGAGCAAGUGAGAAGCUGGAAGCACAUUUCCUUGAUCAGUCUCAAAGUUGUACGUGUAGCAGCCCUUGGCACUCAUCAACACAGCACUGCAAAAAAUUGAUCCACCUCCUACAACCUGCCCACAGCACUUGAGAACGAGAAGGGACAUACCUGUAGCAUUUCUUCCCAGCACCUGAGCCAUGGAGAAACUUUCUGAAAUGUGCCUUCAGGACAGGAGACCCUAACCUUUCUAAGUGAAGACUUCUUGGUUAAUAGUUUUUAUGGCAUCCAUUUUGAGUCAUCUGAUCAGCCAGAACACCAUUUAAAGCUGCCUCUCCAACCAGCCAUCUGUGUGUGAUUUAUCUUUUCCCUAUUUGGCAGAAAAAGCCUAUGCAGGAACAGCACUAAAUUCCAAGUAUGAAAUGUUCUGUCCAUCCCAAGUUAUGACACUCCUGUCAGCAAGUGCCUUCUGAUAUUUUUAUAUUUCUUUUGAAAAAGAUGGUCAGCAACUGUACCUGCUCAAGAGAGAGGACCAUGACACAGCAAGCCAAAAGAAGGCAUUCUCUUCUUUUUGCUUUAAUUUAUGCAGAUUAACUUGUGGAGAAGAGGCUAGGAGGCAUUUUGAAUCUACAAACAACAACCUUCCUGAACAAUCAUAAUACAGUACAGUGCAUGUAUUAUUUAUGCAUGAAGGCCUUCAGGAUUUUGCUAGAACACAGGCCUAGUGCUCUUUUGCAUUUUUAUUUACUACUAUGUAUUUCUCAUAAAGCUUCUUUUCUUUCCUGAA